UCCAUAUAUAGAUGACCACCAUCCAUACUAGGAACUACUACAAUCGUUCCCAUACUCCAUACUCCAUACUCCAUGGCCCCGCCUCUUGCACUGUUGCUGCUCCUUGCCGCGGCGACUCGUGUGCCUGCCGCAGCUCAACAGCCGCCGCCGCUGCCGAUGGCACGUCUGGGCUGCCGCGACAAGUGCGGCAACAUCAGCAUCCCCUACCCGUUCGGCAUCGGGCCAGGAUGCUUCAUCGCAAACCAGUUCCAGGUUUUCUGCAACGACUCCGCUAGCCCCCCUCGCGCCUUCCUCGUCAAUACCUCUGGAACAUACCAGCAGAAUUCCGAGUCCAGCCUCGUACCCGGCGGUGUCACCAAGUACCCUUUGGUGAUCGAUUGGUCGGCGAAUCCUCGAGAGCCGAUCGAGCUCAUGGACAUAUCACUCGCCCGGGGUGAGGUACGGGCAUACGGCGCGGUCUCCUCCUACUGCACAAAAUCUUCUACCAGCCAGGUAAUCAAGCUCCAACUUACAGUUGUGUCGCCCUCCAAGACCGGCAAUUGGCCGUUCACGACGUCGAUGGAGCGCAACGCUCUCGUCGGGAUCGGCGUUAGCGUCGAAGCGAGGCUAGCAACUCACAUGUACAUGGACUGGCCAAGCAGUGAUUCAUGGCUCUACACAACCUGCACUUCAGACGCAUCUGACAAUUUUCGGAAACCCAUAAACGGGUCGUGCACGGGGAAUGGCUGCUGCCAGGUCCCAUUUGCCGGAAAUUCGAUAUUUCAAGUACCCUUAUUUGCAGUGUCGUUCAAGCCCGAGAACCAAACCAGGUGGGAUUCCGAUAAACUCCCGUGCUUGUACGGGAUGGUGGUGGAGAAUGGGUUCUACAACUUCUCAUCUCUGGACCUAUCCGGAUACGAGGUGCUAUCCAAGAAGUUCCCAAGGGGCGUCCCGUUCGUCAUCGAUUUCGCCAUCAUAGCUGACGAUGGGUACACCGGCAACGGGUCCUGUCCGGUGGAAGGCCGGAAGGCACCACCGGGCUAUGCAUGCGCCAGCAGAAACAGCUUUUGUGCCAACAACACCUACGACUCAGAACGCUAUCUCUGCCACUGCAAGGAGUAUUACGAGGGCAAUCCCUACGUCACUAAUGGAUGCCAAGACAUCGAUGAAUGCAAGAACCCUGAUUUGUAUCCGUGUCAUGGGAACUGCAAGAACAGGCUUGGAGGCUACGAUUGCCCAUGCAAGCGCGGAAUGAAGGGCGACGGCAAAGCAGGAACUUGCAAAGAAAUAUUCCCAUUAGUUGCUCAGGUCAUUGUGGGUGCAGGUUGUGCUAUUGGUUUCGUGGUUGUGAUAUUCCUGAUUAUUCUUUUGAAAGAGAGAAGGAAAACUAGAAACUUUUACAAAAAGAAUGGUGGGCCCAUAUUAGAGAAGGCAAAAUUAAUAAAACUUUACAGAAAGAAGGACCUCAAUCAAGUAUUAUUGGAUAGCAAUAUAAUUGGGCAAGGUUUCUUUGGAGAAGUUUACAAGGGAUUUCUUGGCAAUGAACAAGUUGCAAUAAAGAAGCUCAAAAUUUCAGGUGUGCUAGAGAAUGAACAAUUUGCGAAUGAAGUCAUCAUCCAAUCUCAAGUCACCCACAAGAACAUUGUGAGGCUCAUAGGUUGUUGUCUAGAAGUUGAUACUCCGAUUCUAGUCUAUGAGUUCAUCCCCAAGGGCAGCCUCCAUGACAUUUUGCACGACCACAACAACAAUAACAAGGUUGCUCUCAGCUUGGAUUUACGCAUAAGUAUUGCAGCACAAUCAGCAGAUGGUCUAGCUUAUAUCCAUUCAAAAACAAAUAACGAAAUUCUUCAUGGUGAUGUCAAGCCUGCCAAUAUCCUCUUGGACGAUAACUUUUCACCAAAGAUUGCAGACUUUGGCUUGUCAAGGUUGCUCGCGAGAGAUACAAAGCACACUGAAUUAGUCAUUGGUGACAUCAAAUAUAUGGAUCCAACAUAUCAGAAGGAAGGCUUACUAACAGGAAAAAGUGAUGUCUACAGUUUUGGAGUUGUGCUCUUGGAACUUAUUAGUCGAAGAAAGGUCGUACGUUCUGACACAAAUAACUUACUAAACAGUUUCCUUGAAGCUCAUGAGAGAGAUAUGAUGGGAAUUGAGUUGUUUGACGAAGAAAUUGCAGUACCAAAAGAUUUGGGGGUUCUUAAUAGCCUAAUAGAGUUGGCCAUGGAAUGCCUUAGCCUUCAAGUGGAUGAAAGACCAACAAUGACAGAGGUGGCGGCGCGCCUCUUCUUGAUGGGCCGAUCACAUCAGCAGUAAGAUGCAUGUUACUUGUUCAAAAAAAUCCGUAAACCAGGAGAAGGGCGGGUAUUGAGUGGUUCCAAGAAAAUUUGUGUUGUAUCAUAAGUGACCGUAUGUUUGUAUGAGUUACAAAAAUAAAUGAUGGUGUUAUCGGUACU